GGUGUCAGUCAGUUGGUAGCGGCGCGUCGUCCGUCGUCCCGGGUGAGAGGCGUUGUAGUGAUGUAUCGAUACGUGCGUUUACGCAGGCCGACGCAGACCGUGACGGCGGUCUCGGUACUCCUUUUCCGCGUAUGUCUCGUGUCGCUUGUGCUCGUGUGGCGGUCGGGGCCGGUGUCAUGUCAAGAAAACAGUCUAACGGACCGUAUGCGGGCGAUCAGCGAGGAUCUGGACCGACAGCUCAACGAGAUAAUGGCUUCGCAGGCACUCACCUAUUCGACGAUCAACAUCGCCGGAUUGCCCUACAACGCCACCACCAAGUUCAAUCCGAAGGGCAUGGGCCAGCUGUACAAUGUCACGAAUAUGUUUAUCGACUUCGUGCAGAGCAAGCAGGCCUAUCCGGAAGGUAUGAUCACUUUGGUUGACGGUACUCCAACUUUUGCGGACCCACUGAAGGAAUGGAAGAUUAUAGUAACGCAUUAUGGAGGACUCGCGGGCCUUGCUUUGAUUGGACUCCUCCUGGCAGCUAUUCUCCCCUGCGUGGGUCUCUUCUUCUGCUGCUGCAGAUGCGCGGGACAUUGCGGUGCUCGAAGUCAACCCUUCGACAAAAAGCACGAUCACUGCAAGAAGAUUAUGCUCAGCAUUGUGUUAAUCGGAGUCGCCACUAUUAUACUAUUCGGGGUGGUCUGCGCCUUUGUGACAAACGAGUACAUGCAGGAGGGAACCAAAGAGCUUCCAACUAACGCUAAGACUAGUCUGAAGGACGUCAAGCUCUACUUGACUACCACAAAGCAAGAGAUCGACAAUUUGCUCAAGACCAAUCCUGAGGAGUUGGAAGUUACGCUCAACAAUAUUCUGCAGGCCAGCGGCAAAAUCGUUACCGAGCAGCUAGCGGAAUAUUCGCAUGCCGUUUCUCUCACUAACUUGAAUGAAAUAGUCGCCGGCUUGGAGUCGAUCAGAGAGGAUUUGAGACUGAUGAAUAAAAUAACGCAGGAAUUGCGAAUAAACGCCAGUCAAUUAGACAUUGUUGUUCGCGGUGUCAAGAAAAAUCUCCUUCACACACUGUCUGCGUGCACGACUGACAAGUGCCAACGAGUUCUUCACGAUUACAAAGUGAAUCAAAUGUCGGUACAAGUGGACUUUGAUAAGUACAUGGACCGUUAUUUUCCAAAGCUGCCAGAUGUUACAUUCGCAUUGCAUAACAUCACUGUGCUCAUGGAGAGUAAUAUAGUGUCGGAAGUGAGCCAAGGCAGGGAUUCGUUUCUAAAGAUUCAAAAGGAUAUUCAGCAUGCCGUUAAUCAGACGAUUCCCGUGGUCAGCGCGAGCAUUCGACGAGCUUGUAAUUUUCUGGCGAGCAUCGCCAAUAAUAUGACUGCCAUCAUCGAUAGAAUAAAUGUCGAUAUAGAUAGAGUUUAUAUUCGGCAUUUAGAAGUUGCUCGGAACAAUAUAGAUCAGUAUUCCCCCUAUAGAUACUAUCUUGGUCUUGGUAUAUCCGGUAUUCUUCUGACUGUCUUAAUGUGUUUGACGUGUGGUCUUCUCUGUGGUAUUUGCGGAAAACGUCCAGACGGAUACGGAGACGAUUGUUGUAAUAAGGGAUCAGGUGCACGAUUUCUCAUGAUGGCUGUGUGGAUCAUCUUUCUUUUAACUAGUGUUCUGAUGGUUAUAACCGUCGUUCAUAUGGUAACCGGCGUUAUGGCUCAACGUGGCAUCUGCGAACCUUUAAAGAAUCCAAAAGACAACAGAAUGUUCAAGUUGGUCGAUGAUCUGGUGCAAAUCAAAAGAAUACUCUAUCCGAAAUAUCCUAAUGCGAAUAUUAAUAUGAGUUAUAUUGUUACUAAAUGUCAUGAAAACGAGACGCUUUAUAAUGUAUUAAAUCUGAAAAAUGUAUUUGACGUUGAAAGCCUGCGCAAUUAUGCUGGACGUUACGACAUCAAUGACACCAUCCAGCAGUUGCGUCGCAAAAUCAAUCUUUCCCCCGGUGUGGUGAUUUUGAAGGACAGCGCGAGAUCCAAGUUGAACGAUCUAGCGCAGAGUGGUCUCAGUGAUAUCAAAUUCUAUCAAUACGCCGAAUUGCUCGCCGAAAACAUCACGAAUAUUAACUUGGAACAUCUUGCCAAACAAUUGCGGGAGGUUUCCGCUAAAUUGCCGGAGAGCCAAGAGGAAAUUAGGCUCAGUCUCGAAAAGAAUGCACACGACUUGGAACACUAUCACAGAGAUUUAGUUACGCCAAUGGCUAAGCUCAGCGAACAAUUAAGCGCAAACGCGCUGACACUUCAAGAGAACAUUAAAUUCAAUCAUAGCUCAAUGGCAGAUGCUAUUCACGAUUUAGUGGAUGAAGUUACUAAAGCGCAGCAGUUUUUGAAUAAAGAUGGGCCGGAAUACGUUCAAUAUCUCGCGACUAGAUUUGGCAAUGCAUUCUUGCAUCAAGUGGAUAAUUUCCUCGAGCACGUCAUUGAAUCUGCGAUUUUCAAGGUUGGAAAAUGCGCUCCCGUUUCGAAUGCUUACAAUGCAACGCUCGUGGCAGGAUGCAAUAAGAUCCUAGAUCCAUUUAAUGGCUUCUGGGCGAGCGUCGGUUGGUGCUUGAUCCUAUUCAUACCGACGAUAGUGCUCUGUGUGAAACUGAGUGCUUUGUAUCAAAAGUCAGAUCCAUAUCCAGGACCUCUUGUCGAAGCUGAAUAUUUGUAUGACGCGUACGCAGACAGGGAUAACAUACCCCUCGCCCACGUUCACGACAAGAAGCACGUCUCCCAUAGCAGGCAUCAUCCUGCGGCAUAUGUCGAAAGCUACGAUGGUCCAGCGGUGGGAUAUGAGCGCGAGAGGAUCCCCGACGCCCAUCAGAGUACGUCGCAUCAUGAUUCGAGAUAUUCCGACCUGGCACCGAAAAAUUGGGACUUUCCCAAUGGUGGUCCACCAAGAUAUCAACCAGCUGCCGGAGCUCCGCCUCCCUUAAGUACCGAAUAUGAACGACCACCGCCCUAUUACUAUCCUGGACCGGGGGAUAGAAAUUAGGUAACAAGUACCGUGGCAUGCACGAAAACUGCACUGAACAGUGUGGCGACGCACAGCCUCACCCGCAGCUACAAACGAACGCUCAAGAAGAGAGAUAAGUCAGGAUUUAAAAGAGACUACGUAUAAUACUUUAUUCCCGUUUGUUCCCGAGCGUGCCACGGUUUGUGCGAACACCAAAAGUUAAAUUAAAGACCAAGUUUGAUACAGACUGAAAUAGGCCAAUGAUCCUUUCGCGAUGUCUUUCUUUUUUCCUUCUACGCGCAAUAAGCGCAAAUGAUAUGUGAUGCGACGCGAAUUCUUCUUUUAGUAUUUGCGUAAGAAUUAAUACUCGUAUGUUUCAGUACCGCGGAAGGAACAUCGUUCUAGAUUAAUGCGAUUUGAUUCGAGGAUAUCGAGUCCCUCUGUUUUUCUUUUUUCUUUUCGACGUAGAGACAACGUUGGAUACUCAGUUUAGUUCAUUUGACAUUUAUUUUCAAAUAAUAUCCAAUACUUGUAUUUCUUUGCAUUUUCUCUCAGUCAAAAUAAUCAUACAGCACACGGAUAGAACAAAAAAAUCGAAGAAAUCGUGAAGAAAUCAAAAGCGAAUAGGCCGAUGAAAAAACAGGAGAAUCUUUUCUUUUAAUAAUAUAAAAAGACUGUGCGUGAAAAGCUGCGCAUAUCUAAUCGGUCGAAUUGUAUAGCACAAAUUAUAUGCUGCCAAUCCAAUGCAACGUUUUCCGUAACGGACAUCCGUUAUAUAUACAUAUAUUAAUAUUGGAUCCUGUCGAUUCACCUCUUUGAACACUGAGCAACGCCAUAUGAAAAUGCCAAACGACACAUGUGUGAUUUACACACAUUCGAAGAUACGCAUCAAGUAUGCGUUAUGAGGUUUAUCACUUUGGAUCUCAUUCGUUUAGCUGAGAGGAAAAAAAUACGUUAGAAAUUGAGUAUUGAUUAUAUUCCGCCUGUGUGCCCCCACUUAUAUAUGGCGGAGAGAGAAUUUUCGAGUGGCCGUGUAUAUAUAAUAUAUAUAGCCACUCUAUUAUAAAUACUCUGUGUACAUGGAAUUUUAAGUAGUCUUUUCUUACUACUAUCUUAUUGUGUAACUUAUCGAUAUAAGCGAUGAAGCGAGUCUUACGCCGCGUAGAUCGCGCCUAUUCGUUUAAUCUCGUACCCACGUGUCAUAUGAAUCCUUCGAUGUGUGUAUUAUUGCAACAUCCGUCGUCCAUUCGGGUACAGUAAUUAAUCGAGCAUACAAAUGUGCGUGUAGUUUCUUGUUUAUGCAUAAUUUAUAUAUGACGAAUCUAAGGAUUUACAUAGUACAUUAUUGUCAUAAACUUUGUUUUUAUAUUCAAUCAAGAAUUACUUUAAUUAUUUAAUUAUUAUCACAGUUUUUGCUUUUAGGAAACUGAUAGUAUAUCUAUAUCAAUUCUUAGCUAAUUAUCACUUAAAUCCAUCAAGUUCAGGAAACUUAGGAACUGAACUCCGCUAGAAACUAGAAACCCAGUUAUAUUCUUUAUGAAAAAAAAAGGUAAAUCAUUUACUUUUUGUCAAUAAUAUGUAUAUCACUUUUGAAGAAUUCGCUUAUUUAUAAAAGAUUCAUCAUUUAAUGUAAGCUUACAAUCUCGAUAUUGUUACAAAGAAAGAAAAAAAUUGAAAAUUUUGUAAAAUUAUUGUUGUAACUCGAAGACAAGGGACAUUAUGAAGGAUGUUGCGGAUCAAUGAGUGGGAAUGGACCGACACCGAAGCGCUCCGGCUAUUGCUUUCGCACAGAACAGAGAUUGAUACCGAUAUAAUUUUAUUAAAUUCAUAUUUUCAUACUGUGUGCAUGAUCCUUAUUCACGAAUAAACAAAUAUUAAAUAUUUGAUAUAAAGCCUUUUCUCGCGUACAUUUUUAAAGUGUUCAAAAAUUAAACUCGAAAUUAUACCGGUUUCAAUCCUCGGUACAAAAUUCUCAGAGCUGACGUGACAAGUAUGAAAGCAAAACUCAUAUUCUACUAUCUCUGUUAGAAAACAUAUGGUUUUUGAAAAUGUUUAAUGAAAAUUAUUUCAAAUUUUGUUUUUAUUAUUUUAUUUUCUUUGCACAUUAUGAGUUUCGCUUUGAUAUUCCUCGUAUAUACAUAUUACAUGCCCACCGUGCUUGAGCGCCAAGUAUUGGAAUUAAAAUUGGCAGAAAAUUAGUCGCUAUUUUUUUCAUGCAUUGUAUGUAAAACGCGGUGUGAAUGGGGAAAGCACGAAAAUGCUAGAGUAUUAAUGAGAAAGAGCGUGCAAGUGAAAAAUGAAUGAAAAUGUGUGUUUAUGUAUGCAUGCGUGUAUGAAAGAGAAAGAUAAUUGUCGCAAUUUAUAACAAGGUAAAAUUUUGCAAAAAUCUCCGCCGUAUCAUUACCGUAUCUAUACUAGUAACAUAAUCCUGCUAAAUCUUACGUCUUAAUCUAUAUCAAUAUUCGACACAAUGUAUGUAUGCAUUACGUGACUCGAAAGGAAUAAUGAUGUUUAAAUUAAUGGUAUGUACUAAUCGAAUAUAAUAUGUGAAUUCUCUCGUGAAGCUCUUACAUCCAAUGCCCCAAGCAUAGAAAAGCGACGAAGCGCGUUUCGGAGAACGAGUGCUGCCACACUUGCAUGAUAUUAAUCAACAAAUAAAAAUCCGUAGUAUAGUGCACCUGAAAUUCCGCCGAAAAGAAAAAAAAUGCGAAAACAUUGAAAUUUCUCGAUGCUAUUUUUAUAACGUAACGACGGCGUAGUGAUGACCUGUAUCGGGCACUCUUUCUCCACAAACACAUUAAGUAAACGCGAUGUAGACAGGUAUGGAUCGAAAAGAGAUUAUUCUUUUCCUCACUUUUCCGAAAGAGAUGAGUUUGUGAAAUCAGCAGAAUCGGACUGGAGAGAGAGAGAGAGAGGACAUUGAAUUCUUAUAUUCAAAACAAACCUCUAUCAUUCUCUAUCAUAUUCUAUAUUUAUCAUUUAUCAUUAUCUACAUUUAUCAUUAUCUAUAUUUAUCAUUAUGAAUAUACAAGAUAAUUCAACUUGAAAAGUUUAAUUUACUUUGUUUUAAUACUUCGUACUCAAUCGUUUUAUCUAAAAUCCUUUAACAAUUUGUAAUCGUAUUGAUUAAUGUAUCCAUAAUUAAAUAACUUAUUCUAAAUGUUUUUUCCUCUCCAAUCCGAUUCAAGAAAUUGUCGAAUUUCUUAAUCUAUCAUGAUAUUGUUGCAUUAAUGGUUAAAUGUUAGAAUAUUUACUCCUAUCUGCUCAAUUUUCCAGGAUACUAAAUAUGAAACAGCCAACUGUAUCCUCUUCUUCCUUCUUUUGCCCCUCUAUCCCUCCUUCUUUUCAUAUUAAAUCUACCGUUAUUUCACCCAGAAUAUUUUUGAUAAACUGCAAUCUAUAUAUAAACAAGCAAGUUGUACGGUAUUAAGAUACUUGCAGUUUUUCAAAAAUGAUUUGCGUAUGAAAGAUGGGUGGAAUAGAGACAAGUAUAUGAAAAUUAUUGCCAUGACUAUGAUGUUUUUAUAACUCACCGAUUGUGUUUGUUAAAAUUAUUAUUACUAUUAUUAUAUUGAUAUUAAAAACAUGAGUGUACUACACCAGUUUAAAUAUAUCUAUUUUAUAUUAAA